CUCUAGAACAUCGAUAUUCAAGCAUUGGCCCACGAAUCAACCCAUUGGCAAAACCAAACUUCAAAGUUAGAAAGGUUCCCUGUCACCAAUUUUGUUGGUUUACAUUACACUCAUCCUAAUCAACGCCACUCCCUCUCGGAGGGUAUUGGAGUGUCAAGAUGUUCCCGCCAUCUCAAGGCUUGCAACUAGACAUUGAAGCCAUCAGCGGGAUUUGCGGUUCUAUCUCUAUUGCCUGCUGGGUCGUUGUUUUCUCUCCGCAAAUUAUAGAGAACUUCCAGAGGGGCUCUGCGGAUGGCCUUUCGGUUUUGUUCAUCGUGGCGUGGCUAGCGGGUGAUGUCUUCAAUAUCUUGGGAGCUGUGCUGCAAGGAGUUUUACCUACAAUGAUCAUCCUUGCCGUAUAUUACACAUUGGCCGACAUUGUGUUACUCGCGCAAUGCUUCUACUACAAAGGCUUCACUCUCAAAGACGAGAUCAAGAAGCCGGCCGACCGCGAUGACGAAAGGCGAGUCGCCUCCGAUGAACGAUCUCCUCUCCUCAGCAGGGAAAAUGGCAACGGCAGCAGCAAUGGUCACGGCCCAGCACUCAUAUCCGACAUGGAGCGCCGCUCCUCGCAAUCCUCAUUCCGAGAACGCUUCCUCUCCGUUGACGGGACCCAUUUUUCCCCCGUCAUGCCACUCCGACCAGAGCCUAAUGUCGUAGACCCUACUCCCCUAGCCCUAAAGCCCUCGCCCUCCAUCCUCUUCGCCGUCCUCUUCAACCUCAGCGCCGUCGUCCUCGUCUGCGCCGCCGGCGUCUUCGGCUGGUGGCUCAGCAACCGCUCCAAGCACCCCGACCGCCACCUCGAGCAGCCCGACCAAGACACGCUCCACUUUAACGUCCUCGGCCAGAUCUUCGGCUACAUCUGCGCGGUCCUCUACCUAGGCUCGCGCGUCCCGCAAUUGUUACUCAACUACCGCCGCAAGAGCACCGAGGGGAUCUCAAUGCUGUUCUUCCUAUUCGCGUGCAUCGGCAAUCUGACGUAUGUGCUAUCGAUCUUUGCAUAUUCCCCUAUAUGCAGGCACCCGAGGCAUUGUCGGGAGGGCGAGGCGAGGGCGGUUUAUGCGAGGUAUAUUGCGGUUAACUUUUCUUGGUUGUUGGGCAGCUUUGGGACGUUGUUGCUGGAUGGGUUUGUGUUUGUGCAGUAUUUUCUUUAUCGGAGGGAUGAGGAUGAGGAAGAAGAGGAUGUGGCCGUUGUUGUUUCUUAGAGGACGGUUAGACGCAUGGAGGGUUUGCUAGACGGCCUGCGCCUGCAUAGGUCAGGCGCCUUUAAAAUUCAAGAGUGUAUAUAUUUAUAUAUGAAACCGUACAAUCAAAGUUAUGGCCCUUCUG